AUGCGACCUGAUACAUAUGAAGUACCUUUUCCAAUGUUACUAAAUCGUGCUUUUGAAAUUUUACUUGGAUUUCGAAAUACUCGUACAUAUAAUGGUAUUCAAAUAAAAAAUUUACAACGUAUAUUAGUUAUUAAAUGUCUAAAUACAUGUGAUUCAGAGGAAUGGACACAACAUUUAUUAAAUUUAACUAAUCAAGCAAAAGAUUUUAUAAAAAUAAUGUUAAUAAAACCAACAGAUGAUGAAACAUUUCGACUUGAUAAUAUAUUAGGAAAAAUAGCUGAUGAAGAUGUUCGCGUAUAUGUAGUGGUUUUUAAAGAAGUUUCAUUUGCUAUAGAUUUAAAUAGUUUAUAUACAAAACGAAUAUUAAUUGGUAAAAGUUAA